AUGUUCAUGGAGAAAGGGGAAAUCACUAUAGCUGGAUUCUCCAAAGUCGUCGAUGGUGGAAUAACAACGCUGCUGUGGCCUCGCGACGUUGCCAACCGAAAGAAUGUUUUUCUCGUCUAUUUUAUCAUCUUCACCUGCUUCGGGAUGGAUUAUUUCUCGUCUAUCCUGACGGGAUCGGUCACCUGGCAACCUACGUUUAUUCUGGUGGAUGGGUUUAUACCUGUGGGGAAUAUCAAGGAGGGAGUAGCCGGGCAGAACAUUGCAACGUAUCGAAACGAUCCAGUCAUUGUUUCGAACACUAUAGAAAGUGGAGCGGCUUUGUCCUUGGUUUCCUGGGGGAACCUCAACACGAAUUCUUCAUAUCUUACCCUGCCAUCCAAUCUCACCCGACGUCCUAUUAUCCAAUACGCAGAGACUCAAACCAUUCAAUAUCUUCCCAUCAAUUCGACAUUGGAUACAAUCCGCUUGCCGUAUUUCAAAGUGAAUAAUUUUGAAUACAUCACAGACCCCGAAGCUGUUCUCUCAAGUCAACAGAAAUCAUUGCUCAACGAUUCUAGCAUUUAUAACCCCUACAUCGCAGACCAGGGAUUAGCUGCAUUCCUCCCCGAUGCUUUUUGGGGUCCAGGCUCUACUCCUAACUUACCAGAUCCUACCAACGUAUCUGAAUCUCGGAUUCUCAGUAUUCGAGUCCUUUCCCCGGCCAAUCCAAAUUGCACCUCACCUUACCCCGAUUCUUACAUACCCUCCAAUGUCAGUUUCUACCUCACUCUCACCAACAACUCAACGUACUACUCCUGCUUCGCAUUCGCAAACGUGACAUAUACAGCUGGCGGUGCAGUUUGUCAGAACUGCCAGAUUGUCUUACCCGCCGUUGUUGAGGGCAAUAUCGAAGAUGACGAUAUGCAACCCGUUCCAGAUCCUCUGACUAUUGAGGCGCUGGCGAUAGCUCCGUCGGUUGGAACACAUACGCUGCUCACUGUCUUUUCAGCACUUACGACAGACAUCUCAACUCCCUUGAACAGUAUUGCGAUCGAGUUCGUUUCACGGGCCUAUCAAUCCGCAUGGUCAUCCUUAGUACUGACGCUUGGUUCUAUUGGUCCAAAUAACGAGACGAGUGUGGCAUUCGCCCUCCCUGCUUCGCACCCCACUGUUACUCGCUGGAGGGUCUAUCUGUGGACUGGAAUACAACUUUUGCUCUUUCUGUGUGGCGUCGCUUUUGCGUAUUGGCAAAGUCGCUUCCGCCAUCCCUGGUUUUCGGAUCCUACGAUGAUAGCGUUCCAGCUUGAUACCGCGGGGCUUUUCCAGCAGGGUGCAGUGGCUGAUCCGAAGGAUCCUUGGGAUCCAGAUGCGGAAUAUCCUGCUGGGACUCUUCAGCUGGAGGAUUAUGAUCAACAACGGCCUGGGCAGCCUAGAGCUGUGACGUUGAUACAUAGAGACGUGAAGUACACCGAGCUCGAGAAUGUGGAGGCGAAGCUUUGA